UCUCUAAUCCAAAAGCAUCAGACGAGCUACAAAGCCGCUGUUGCGUUGGUUUCCUGACUUUAACUGUCACUGCAACGAACUCUUCCUGCCAUGGGACUCUCCCUUCUCCCUCUCCCUCAACAACAAACCCUCUUCUCGCCACCAUUCUCCAUAAGAAGCAGACAGAUAAGGACGGCGCCGGCCGUCACUCUUUGCCGAUGCUCAUCAUCUUCCUCCGGCGAUUCUGGGAAAGCAGAACUCGCGCCAUUGUCGCUGCGCCCGGAGGGAAGGAGAGCACUCCUGGCUUGUCUCCUGCUAUCGGCUGCUGGAGUGUGUGUAUCUGAUGCGGCUCAUGCUGUUAGCACGAGUAGAAGAGCUCUCCGAGGAGAAAGAAUACCCGAGAGUGAUUUCAAAACCCUCCCCAAUGGUCUGAAGUAUUAUGAUAUAAAAGUAGGAGGUGGAGCUGAGGCUGUGAAGGGAUCAAGGGUUGCAGUCCACUAUGUUGCUAAAUGGAAGGGCAUUACUUUUAUGACUAGCAGACAAGGGCUUGGUGUGGGUGGAGGCACGCCAUAUGGAUUUGAUGUUGGCCAAUCAGAGAGGGGAACAGUCCUUAAGGGUUUGGACUUGGGCGUUCAGGGCAUGCGAGUAGGCGGCCAGAGACUACUAAUAGUUCCGCCUGAGCUAGCCUAUGGAAGCAAAGGGGUUCAGGAGAUCCCGCCAAAUGCAACAAUAGAGUUGGAUGUUGAACUCCUUACCAUCAAGCAAAGUCCCUUUGGAUCUCCUGUCAAAAUCGUCGAAGGUUAGAUCCUGUAUCUUCCCAGUUGCUCGCCGUGUGGUCUUUCUAAGCAAGAUGGGAACAAGGAGCUCGAAGCUUUUGUGAAGACUGAAUUUUUAUGGAGCACAAGUGUUGCAGACAAUAUUGUGCGUAUGGCUGGAGAUGCAAGAGUCUGCUAUCCUGCAAGUUGCUCAAUUUUGUUUGAUUAGUCCUACACCAACUUCUGCGUAAGAACGUGUCUUGUUGAGAUGUCUGCUGAGUGCAUUGAUCAAUUACUGUUGUUAUUUACCUGAUUCUCUCCACACGUUAUCAGUUCAAUUCAGAAAAAGCGAUGACUCUUGAAAUAUGUGAGAGACAGAUAAAUUCAUUACACAAUAAAAGAAAGCUGUUGAAGACAGAAUAAUGAUGCCAAUUUCC